UCUUCAACAUCGACAGUUGAUCCCAGAAAAAAAACAUUGAAGCGAAUCCUUCUGAUCCCAAUUCCCAGACCGUCGGUCGCUAACCUAAUCUCUGACCCGCUCUGAACCUCUGCCCCGGGACCUCGGAUCGCCACCGCCCAUUCGGACCGAGAAAAAAAACAGGACAACAGAAGAAGAACGAGAAGACGAGCAUCCAGCAGCUUCAAAGGAACCAACCAAGAGGAAAGCCAAGAAGAAAGCCAAGAUUUCAGACAUGGCCGCAACACCAGCAACCAAAUACCCCAUUGUGCUCGUCACAGUAGCGACGCGCAAGGAGGGAGUCACGCGAGCAGAAUUCUACAAGCACAACGAAACCCGCUACGCACCUCUGCUCAAGGAAACAGCAGGCAAAGUGCACCCGCUAGCCUGGAACCGACUGUACCACGUUGACGAGUCAGAAGUUCCCACCGGGCUGUCGCGCGUGCUGAUUGGCAGCGACAGCGCAGACGACGUCUUCGACUGGGAUUGCAAGGGCGAAAUGGUGUUUGCGGACGAGCUACAUUUGCAGCAGUUCAUCACGUUUAUGCAUUCCGAGGAGGCGCUGGUUAUGCUGACUGAGGAGGAGAAGUUUACGGAUACGACCAAGACCAAGUUUUUUGUGAUGAAGAGGGGUGGGUGUGGUGUUGGAUUGUAAAAGGAUUCAUGUCGUGGUGUAAGUACGGACGUGAGCAGAGGGAGAGAGGCUUUUGUUCUUUUGGUUGUUUCCUCGCCGGGGGGGUUUUUUUUUUUGGGACAAAAGAAUUCUUGCAAAAGGUGUUCUUUUGGUAGGAUAAC